GACUAUUUCAUUAUGCGGGAGAGCUGUGCAGUCACAAGACUGUGACUAGACUAAUCUAACGACCUGGUGCUUUUUAUUCAGGUCUUUAGUAUUCAUUGUCACAUAUGCAUUUACAUGUGUGUAGACAUAUUAAAGUCAAGUCACAUAUGUGAAUUAAAUCCACUGUUACGUUAGGGAAACAUUGUGAUGGCACAAGCAGACACUUUAGACUUAUAUGGAUGUAUCUACGCAAGACGGACUCGUUUACUUACAUACGGGUGGAAGUAAUAAUAUGUAUUUGGAAUAUAUGUAUAUUAUAUAGACCAUUAGAUGGUGGUCCCUGAUUGCACCACCAUAACAACCAACUUCAGCAAUUCUUUACUGUCCACUUUCAGUUUUCUAUGAUAUCAAAAUGCAAACUCUAAACACCCCCGAUUACAUUGUCAUUGGAGUGAUGCUCGCCUUAUCAUUCGGUAUCGGGGUGUUCUUCGCUGUAAGGAGUAAGAACACAAGAGAAACCUACCUCCUGGGGAACCGACAGAUGGGAGUCUUCUCCGUUGCUAUCUCCAUGUUCGUAACCAUGCAAUCGGCAGUGUCCUUACUGGGCUACCCCUCGGAGAUAUACACAUACGGAACUAUGAUUAUCUACCUGUUCAUAAGCCGAAGUUUCACCUACCUUGCCGGCGUCUAUACUUGUCUCCCGCUUCUAUACCCGUUACGCAUUGUCAGCAUAUUUGAGUAUCUUGGAAGAAGAUUUGAUUCAACUGCAGUGCGCAUAUUCGGGACAUUCCUUGGAAUGUUACAAACGGUUAUAUACAUGGCUGUGGCGUUAUUUUCUCCUGCUCUGGCUCUCCAAGUAUCUGCAGGCAUUCCCCUUUGGAUGUCCAUUGUGAUUGUCGGACUCGUCGGCACAGUCUACACAUCCAUUGGCGGCAUACGGAGCGUGGUGUGGACGGAUGUAUUGCAGUCUGUGUUCAUGUUUGGGGGCAUAGUGCUAGUUAUAGUGCUGAGCAUGGGCAGGAUUGGGACUCUUCAAAAAGUUUGGGAAAUCAACCACCAGGAAGGACGUGUACAGUUUGACGAGCUCAGCCCCGAUCCUCGCGUUCGCCACACUGUUUGGGGACUAUUUCUGGGAGGUUUCUUCAACUGGUACGUCAACAUGUUCAACCAAACAACCAUGCAGAGAAUGUGUGCAAUUCGGUCAAUGAAAGGAUCCAAAAUAGCCUUCUUACUGAACAUACCCAUGCUUCUGAUAUACGGUGUUCUGCUGGUGAUCACAGGGCUGCAACUGGCCGCCUACGUCUUCACCACCCAGUGUGACCCGUAUGAGGCUGGUUACAUCACAAACAGGAACCAGAUGAUGCCCUACUUUGUGUUGGACAUCCUCGGCUCCUACCCCGGCCUGGCCGGACUCUACAUGUCUUCCCUGUUCAGUGGAGCACUCAGUUCUCUGUCCUCUGGCAUCAACGCUUUGGCCGCCAACACAGUGGCAGAUAUCCUGGUCGUGCCACUGCGCCGAUCUUCAGAAAGGACAUCCACAAUCAUUGCAAAAUUGGCAGUUUGUUUCUAUGGACUCCUGGCUAUAGGAAUGGCGUAUAUGAUUCGAUCACUCCAGGGGCCAAUAACACAGAUGAUACAGGCUGUGGAGGGAGCUGCUGGCGGUCCUGUGUUAGGAAUGUUCUUCCUGGGAGCUGUUUUCCCAAAGGCCAACAAAGUGGGAGCUCUGUGUGGAGGUAUAUCAGCUCUAUUAGUGACUGUCACACUCAGCAUUCUACAAAAACUUCAUGGAGUCAAGCCGACCACUCUAAACCCCGCACCUAUAGAUGCAUGCCCAGGAGAAUCCUAUCUAGAGGCGAAUAGUACCAUGGCAUUCACAACCCCAAAGAUUCUGAAUACAACAUUCCCACAAGAUGAUAUUCUGAAUUCUCAUCACGAAGGAUUGUCUGCAGUGUCAUUCUACCUAUAUGAUGUGUCCUACGUGUGGUACGGCUUGAUUGGAUUCCUGGUGUCGCUGAUUGUUGGUGUGGUCACAAGUUGGAUCACAGCGAGCCGAUACCCUCAAACAGUGAACCCGCAACUCCUCUUCCCGUUUGCGCGGCGACUGUGGAAAGUCUCGAGUACAAGCGGGAUACAGCUGACACCUUUACCAGGGAAUGAGACUUACGUACCCAGCCGGAAACAGCCAUGACGAAGCUCUACCUGCCCCUUUCAACACGGCAUUACGGACGCCGCAGCAAGUCUAAAGUUGGGCCAAGCAACGAUGAAAUUCAAAACAAAGACGUUUCAAACAACAUGUACAUCACCAUUUAACUCAUGUAUAUCUACCGAGAGUAUAACCGACUGGUGUUGGGGAAUUUAUGCUUAGCGUCAUGUUAACCACUGUUCAAACGCGCUCUAUUCUGAUCAUUAAUUUUGGUCCAAUACGACAAAAUAUCAUAUUUGGGAAAAAUCCUUAAAAUGGAAAUUUGAUCUUGUCCCUUUGAUUGUUCCCAUAACAUCAGAUCAGUUAAAUGUUGCAAUUCAAAAGUUAAGCCUGGUGUAGAAAGAUUUAUUGCAUAUCAUUCAAGUUAUAGAUUCAAGAAUUAGCUCACCAUGCCGAAACUGUUUCAGUGAGUGAGUGAGUGAAUAUGAUUUUAUGCCGCUUUUAGCAAUAUUCCAGCAAUAUCACGGCGGGGGACACCAGAAAUCGAAACUGUUUCAGAAAAUGAUACCAGAUAAUUGUUAUUUUGUAACAAGGACAUGCGAAAUUGGUGAUGAUAAUGUCAUUGAUAUGAGCAGUAUUAAAGUGUACUGGUAACUGAUUAAUGGUUUGAUGUUGGAUGGAAAAAUGACAAAAUCAAAACCAAUGAAAUGAGGUCAAUCUUGGACAAAUAACAACCAUAAUUUAUUAUCAGGAGCUUUGGUUAGGAAUUCCAUGAAAUAUACGCAUGAGCUCAAAGGUUGCAGUGGUCGGAACAGCUACGCACUUUACUUGCAGCUUGUCAUGUCUUGACAAACCCACAGCUCUGAAGUCCAUGACAGGGCACAUUGAAAAUGUAUUGUACUUCAAGAAACCUAACGUGCUUGUCUAAUAAAUCGAACACGCACACUCAAAGUGUUUGACUUUCCACGAAAGGGCCGAUAAUUGUAUCAUCGUGAAUAGUUUUCCACAUAUAAAAAAAUUAUGUCCGGAAAUACACUUUCCUAUUCUUU